AUGGCAGAAAGAAUACUACAAGAUAUAGCUGAACAAAAAAAGCGUCUUAAAAUAGCGCAAAUCAAUAAAAACACGGAAGAGAAAGCAGAUGCCUACUACAAUCUAGGCAAGGCUUAUUUCUCCCUUGAGGAUUUCCAUCGAGCAAUAGAGUACCUCAAGCAAUACCUGAGUAUUGCUGAGGAACUCGGUAACAGAGCAGGUGCAGCAUGUGCCUAUAGAAGUCUCGGCUUUGCUUACCUAUUAGAAGGUGACUCCCAAAGAGCAAUAGAGUACCAGAAUCAAGACCUCAGGAUUGCCAAGGAAGCUGGUGACAGGGCAGCUGAAGGAUGUGCCUAUGGCAAUCUCGGCUUUGCUUAUCACAGCCUUAAAGAAUUCCAGCGAGCAAUAGAGUACCACAAUCGACACCUCAGGAUUGCCAAGGAAGUUGGUGACAGGGCAUGUCAAGGCAAAGCCUAUGCCAAUCUCGGCCUUGCUUAUGGCAGCCUUGAAGAAUUCCAAAGAGCAAUAGAGUACACCAAUAAAUACCUCAUCAUUGCCAAGGAAGUUGGUGACAGGGUAAGUCAAGGAAAAGCCUAUGCCAAUCUCGGUCAUGCUUAUCACAGCCUUAAAGAAUUCAAACGAGCAAUAGAGUACCACAAUCAACACCUCAGCAUUGCUGAGGAAGUUGGUGACAGGGUAAGUCAAGGAAAAGCCUAUGCCAAUCUCGGUCAUGCUUAUCACAGCCUUAAAGAAUUCAAACGAGCAAUAGAGUACCACAAUCAACACCUCAGCAUUGCUGAGGAAGUUGGUGACAGGGCAGGGGAAGGCCAAGCCUAUGCCGAUCUCGGCGUUGCUUAUCAAAGCCUUAGUGAAUUCCAAAGAGCAAUAGAGAACACCAAUAAAUGCCUCAACAUUGCCAAGGAAGCUGGUGACAGGGCAGCGCAAGAGACAUGCUAUGCCAAUCUCGGCAGUAUUUAUUACCAUCUCGGCAAAGACCAACAAGCAAUGGAGUACACGAAUAAAUACCUCAACAUUGCCAAGGAAGUUGGUGACAGAGCAUCGGAAGGCAACGCCUAUUCCCAACUCGGCGUUAUUUAUAACAGCCUUGAUAACUACCCAGAAGCAAUGAAGUGCCACAAGAAACAGCUGGACAUUGCCACGGAAGUCGGUGACAGAGAAGGAAAAGGAAGAGCCUAUUUAUCCAUCGGCCUCGUUCAUGAAUCCCUCGGCGACGUGCAACAAGCAAUGGAGAACUACAAGCAGUGCCUGAGAAAUGCCGAGGAAAUCGGUGACAGUUUUGGACAAGGAAGAGCCUAUUGCCGCCUUGGAGGCUGUUAUAGAAAACUCCACGACUUGGAGGAAGCAAUAGGGUGUUACAAGCAACACCUGAGUAUUGCUGAGGAACGCGGUGACAGGAUGUCAGAAGCAUGUGCACAAACCGGUCUGGGUCACUCUUUUUUACAAUCAAAUUCUUUGAAUGAGGCUUUAGUACAUUUUAGAUGCUGUGUUAAAAUCUAUAACACUAUUAGAGCCAAUUCUAUCUUGGAGGAUCAAUUGAAAAUAAGUUUCUGCACGAGUCAUCAAUGUGCCUAUACUCAUUUAUGGCAAGUUUUAGUAAUGCUUCAAAGGAUUGGUGAGGCUUUAUACGCCGCCGAUAGGGGACGAGCACAGGCUUUGUUCGAUGCCUUAAAAGUGACUUAUGGCCUUACACCACUUUCUCCAAGGUUAAUUGAAUCUGAAGAAGAAGAAGUCAGAAAUAUUUUAAGGAAUACAACUGUUUUAACAGUUUUUCUUGCCCUGGAUAAGAACAUACUCAGUAUGUGGGUAUUGCGAAAAGAAGGCAACCCUUUCUUUUGGCAAUUGAUGUUACAAAAAAUUGGAAAAGAGCACAAAGAUUCUUUUGCUCUCCUUUUAGACUUUGUUUUAAAAACCAUUGGGGCUGGCGUCCGUAUCAGGUGCGAAAAUCGGUCAAUGGAUAAACUGAGUACAACAACUUCAACUACUCGAGACGAACAUCAAGCAUCAGAGGCAUCACAGGAGACCACCGACUGUUUGCAGCAAUUAUAUGAUGCAGUUCUUGGUCCCAUUGAAAACUUGCUUGAUGGUGAUGAACUAAUUGUAGUUCCUGACGGCGCUCUGUCUAAAGCUCCUUGGGCAGCCAUGAGUGAAACUUUAAGGAUCCGCACUGUUCCCUCACUGACAAGUUUGAAACUCAUUACUGAUUCUCCAUCUGGACGCCACAGUAAAAGUGGAGCCCUGCUUGUCGGUGAUCCUUGUUUGGAGAAAGUUAAAACUAAAGACGGGAAGCCUUAUGAUCCACUGAAGUACGCAAGAAUGGAAGUGGAGAUGAUUGGAAAAAUUCUAGAGAGUAAACCAUUAACAGGUGAAGAUGCAACCAAAGAGGCGGUUCUUCAGAGAAUCGGGUCAGUUGCUUUGAUUCACAUCGCAGCCCACGGAAGAAAGGAAACCGGAGAAAUUGUUUUGGCUCCAGACCGCCGAUUGGAAUCCGACACUCCUAAGGAGGAGGACUGCAUUAUGAAAAUGUCUGACAUACAAGCUGUUAAGCUGAGAGCGAGACUGGUUGUGCUAAGUUGCUGCCAUAGUGGUCAAGGAGAGGUCUCGUCUGAGGGUGUGGUCGGUAUGGCACGUGCUUUCUUGUUUGCUGGUGCUCGUUCCGUGCUGGCGACACUCUGGGCAAUUGAUGACGAAGCCACAAUGAUGUUUAUGGAAUCUUUCUACCAACAACUUGGAAGUGGAGAAAGUGCAAGUGUUGCUCUUCAGAGGGCCAUGAAACGUCUUCGAGAUUCCCACGAUUAUUCUGCUCCAAAGUACUGGGCUCCUUUUGUUCUGAUGGGCGAUGACGUUAAGAUUGAAUUGGAAAAAGAGUCAUUGAGGAAGUCGUAAGUGGAGAUUGUUUUUCUUGCUCUUCUAGCAACAAAAGGCUUAAGAAGAAAAGCUAGAACCAUUCUUGUCAAAUUCAGAUAAAAGGAAAAUGACAGACUCGAUAAUAAAAAGAAUAAAAAUAUGUACUAAGUAAGGAUGAGUUGGGUGGUAAGUGUUAAAUUAUUAUGGAUUCACUCAAGUAAAUGCUAUUCCUAACGGGCUACCAACACAUUUCAAAAAUCAAUUGAACACUAGGCAUUGCUUAAUGUUCUCAAUUGUUAAAUAGUUUAAGUCAGGUGUGGAUAAAAGAUAUACAUAGGGAAUAAGUUUCCUUCGUUUUUCUACAGGACUAGCACUAAAUGUAGAGAAAGUCAUAGCUUCAAAACGAACAAAUAUGUCUUCUAACAUGUUAAAUGUUUUUCAUUUUCCUAUUUUUCAUAUCAUCAUCCGUGAUGGCAUCCCAAAAUUUAACGCUUGGACCUUUAUUUUGUUUUGAAAUGAAAGAUUAAUUAAGGUAUCAAUUGUUACUUUCUUUACAGGGAUGCGCUGAAAGUUUGA